CUAUAAGAGCUUGUCGGCGCCUUUCAACUUUCCAGCUUCUUCGAGCUUCCAAAAGCCGCCGACGAGUUCUGUGCCUUCAGUUCGAUAUGGGGAUGUGCAAAGGUGAAAGUGGAAUUCCACUGCUGUUCGUUGACGAGGAUGUCGAGGAUGUUGCGCGAACAGUAAUUGAGCGCAAGAUAUACGAAGAUGAAGCUUUCUUCCUUUGUGACAUACGAAAUAUUAAGCACAGAGUCUCUCUCUGGCAGCAAGAGCUACCAGAGAUACAGCCGUAUUACUGUGUCAGAUGCUGCUCAGAUUCAGUUGUGCUGCGCGCUCUCAGCUCAAGCGGAGUAAAUUUUGCGUGUGGGUCCAAGCAUGAAAUGCGAACUUUGCUGGAGAUGGGUGUCAAAGAGAACCGCAUUCUGUACGACAGCAUGACGAAAUGCCCUUCGCAUCUGAACUACGCUGAAAAAUGUGGAGUGCAUCUCAUGUGCUCCGACUCGGCAACUGAUAUGAAAAGGAUCAGAGAUGACAAAGCAAGGUUGCUCCUGCGUAUUGCUGUGCACGAGUCCUCAAAGCAGGCGUUUCUCAAUGAUCAGUUUGGAUGUUCCUUAGAGGAAGCUGAGCAGCUUAUGCACAUUGCGAAGGAAAAUCAGCUGAACAUCGUCGGCGUUUCGUUUGACAUGGGCGUGAUUUCCGUUACCGACGAAGCAUUUUUACUCACACUUAGGAAUGCCCGCUCAGUGUUCGACUUAGGACUGAAGAUGGGUUUUUCCAUGACAGUUCUUAACAUUGGUGGAGGAUUUCUGAUAACUUCACAAAAUAAUGAAGAGUUCGUGCAGGUGUGCCGACUGAUCAGAUCGGCACUUAAGGAAUGCUUCUCAUCAUCAUCGGAACUGACAGUGAUUGCCGAGCCAGGACAAUUUCUGGUGGCAUCAGCCUUCACUCUUGCGACCAAAGUUGUAGCAAAGAGGAGCAAGGGAACGACCCUGAAGGCUGAAUGCGAACAUUACGAAGAGGUCUUUAUCAACGAAAGUAAGUACAACAGUAUCCCCAGAGACGCAAGCGAAGAAACAGGAAUAAGUAUUCGGCCCUUAGCAGAGUACAAUGGCCGGCACCGCGAUGUGUGGACCACCUUCUGGGCCGCCACCAGCAACCCGAGAGACCUCAUAUUCGACCAGCAGCUGUUCUGGCCCGUGCACGUCAACGAUUGGCUCCUUAUCGACAACGUGGGAGCCUAUUCAACGGUGCUAGCCUGUAGCUUCAAUGGCUCGGGCAUGCCUCCAGUCAUCUACGUUGCGUCCACAGAUGACGCUGACAACGUCAGUAAAGGCCUAGCGGCCGCUGCCGUCUGCAGUGGUUACUCUCAGAUGGAGCGCGCAGUCAAGUAAAUCGUAGGCCGCAGAUUAUUAUCUCUUGCUUUGUCGCAUUCAUUGUCACUCGACAGGACGGUAGUGGUCGGCAUUCGCUGAUGAAAGCAGAGACAACGGUUUGUGAGCAAAUGUUAACAAUAAACUGCCAGAAACCUCAGACAAGUUAUCCUCCAUGGAUAUUAUCCUGUUCUCUGAGCUCCAUGCGCAUGAUAGGAAUUGAAAAACUACACCCAACAGCAUGAACCUGCUACGGACUAGAACUUUACCCCUUUCAUCGAAAGCUUAUUCAUCGCGUGUGUUGGCCACCUUCAUUAGAAACUUUCCUGAUCAAAGCGAACUCGUUUGAAAAGGACUGAUUCUUACGACUGAACAGCGCAUA